AACUUAAGGCAAAGCAACUCGCGAAUCACGGAUAGACACCAGCACCAUCAUUGCAACCUCGCAUAGUGAGUCGCUUUAAUCAGAACCCAAACCAAUACACCCAAAAACCCUAAUCUACAAGAGCUUGAUUGAGCUCUCCGAUCAUGGCCUUCUCUACUCGUCUCCUCUCCAAAUCUCGCCAGCUUUAUGGUAGUCAAGCCAUUCAUGCUAUCCCUGUCCGUUUUUACGCCAAAGAGGCUGCUCCCCCUGGCCCUCCUCUUAAGGGAGAUCAGAUGUUGAAAAACAUCUUUUUGGAGGUUAAGAAGAAAUUCGAGACAGCAUUGGGAAUACUUAGGAAGGAAAAGAUUAUCAUUGACCCAGAUGACCCAGCUGCUGUCUCUCAGUAUGCAAAGGUUAUGAAGACAGUUAGAGAGAAGGCUGACUUGUUCUCAGAAUCUCAGCGGAUCCAAUACACCGUCCAAACACGAACUCGGGACAUUCCAGAUGCUCGAACAUAUUUAUUGACACUGAAGGAUAUAAGGAUCAAGAGAGGACUCACUGAUGAACUUGGUGCUGAGGCUAUGAUGAUGGAUGCUUUGGAUAAAGUUGAAAAAGAAAUCAAGAAGCCUCUUAUGAGGGAUGACAAGAAAUCAAUGGCUCUUCUUAAUGCAGAGUUUGAUAAGAUUAAUAAGAAGCUUGGAAUUCGGAAGGAAGAUUUUCCCAAGUAUGAGGAACAAUUGGAGCUAAAAAUCGCGAAGGCACAACUGGAUGAGCUGAAGAAGGAUGCUCUUGAAGCAAUGGAAACACAAAAGAAGCGUUGUGUGGUUGGAUGAAAUUGGGGAGGAAUUCAAGGAUGAGGCAAUGCCUGAUGUUAAGUCUUUGGACAUCCGACACUUCCUUUGAAAUUCAAAUUGCUUUUGGUGUUCCAGUUUGGAGGUUAACUUACGAGGUGAACAAGAGUUCCAGAAUUGGGGAAUACUUUUCUCAUUUUGCUAUUUAUAAUAAUAAAAGAAGCAACUGGUCAUUUGAAAGUGCACAACCAUCUCAUCUGAAUGAGUUCAAUGUUGUUUCGUGUUUAUGAUUUAACUACAUUUUACAAUCAGCUCAAGUAGUGGAAAUCUUUUUGUUCAUGCGCA